AAAACCCUAGCCUACAUCACUCCUCUCUCUCCCCCAAACCCUCGGAUCUCCCUCCCCUUCUCUGUGUUUCGUCCAAAACCAUAUUCUUCGUGACCGAACCCUAGCGAUACAGUCGCAAAAGGAGCUAGCUGGGAACUCAACGACGGGAUCGUGGCUUACAGCAACCCGAAACUCCCAUUUUUCUCCUUCUUCCGCUCCUCUCCUACCCGAAACCAUUGAGGAAGGUGUUAGGUUUAAACUAUAAUUGCAAUCAUGUCUCGCAAAGGACUAAUGGAGCAAGACUUGGGUAAGCUGGAUGUGGCAAAAUUGCAUCCAUUAUCACCAGAAGUCAUUUCCAGACAAGCUACUAUAAAUAUAGGUACCAUUGGUCAUGUGGCCCAUGGGAAGUCAACUGUUGUAAAGGCCAUAUCUGGUGUUCAGACCGUUCGUUUUAAAAAUGAACUGGAACGCAACAUUACGAUCAAACUCGGAUAUGCAAAUGCGAAGAUCUAUAAAUGUGAAGACGAAAAAUGUCCAAGACCCAUGUGCUACAAAGCAUAUGGGAGCGGGAAAGAGGACAGCCCUCUAUGUGAUGUUCCUGGUUUUGAAAAUGCCAGGAUGAAGCUUUUAAGACACGUCUCUUUUGUUGAUUGCCCGGGUCAUGAUAUUCUUAUGGCAACAAUGCUUAAUGGAGCUGCAAUCAUGGAUGGGGCUUUGCUUCUAAUUGCGGGCAAUGAAAGCUGCCCUCAGCCUCAGACUUCCGAACAUCUUGCCGCAGUCGAAAUUAUGCGGUUACAGCACAUUAUUAUCCUACAGAAUAAGAUUGAUCUAAUUCAAGAAAGUGUGGCGCUUAAUCAACAUGAGGCCAUCCAGAAAUUUAUCCAGGGCACAAUUGCUGAUGGUGCGCCUGUUGUGCCUAUCUCUGCGCAGUUACGGUAUAACAUAGACGUUGUUUGCGAGUAUCUUGUCAACAAAAUCCCCAUUCCAGUGAGAAACUUUACCUCACCGCCAAACAUGAUUGUCAUUCGUUCUUUUGAUGUGAAUAAGCCUGGUUCAGAAGUUGAUGAGAUUAAAGGUGGCGUUGCUGGUGGAAGCAUUCUUUGGGGAGUGCUAAAGGUGAAUCAGUUCAUUGAGGUUCGUCCCGGCAUUGUCAUGAAAGAUGAGAAUGGAAAUAUAAAAUGCACUCCAAUUUAUUCUAGGAUUGUAUCUCUCUUUGCCGAGCAAAACGAGCUCCAGUUUGCCGUACCCGGCGGACUUAUUGGCGUCGGCACCACAAUGGAUCCUACGCUAACCCGUGCGGAUAGGCUUGUUGGUCAGGUUCUUGGUGAGGUGAAUUCGCUCCCUGAUGUCUUUGUGGAGCUCGAGGUCAACUUCUUCCUGCUGCGAAGACUGCUGGGCGUGAGGACGAAGGGCGCCGAGAAGCAAGGUAAAGUCGCCAAAUUGACAAAAGGCGAGAUCCUCAUGCUUAACAUUGGAUCCAUGUCGACCGGAGCUCGAGUCAUCGCCGUCAAAAACGAUCUCGCCAAGCUGCAGCUGACGGCUCCGGUGUGCACGAGCAAAGGCGAGAAGGUUGCGCUCAGCCGGCGCGUCGAGAAGCACUGGCGGCUCAUCGGAUGGGGCCAGAUCCAAGCCGGGGCUACCCUGCAAGUUCCUGAGGCCCCUAAGAAUAUGUUUGGUUGAGUGAAGAGAGUGGAAUAAUACACCAAAUCUUUGCCAUAAGGAGAAACCAUGUGGGAGGGAAGGGAGCUUCUUGGAACUAUUUUUGUGAGGUGGAGAAGAAAACAUUUUUAUUUUAUUUUAUUUUUUUUUUGCAGUUUGUUGAGAGUUUAGAUUUACAUGAUGCAAUUUGGGUUUUACGCUGAGAUAUUGUUUAUUGAAUGUAUUUUCUUGGUAAGAUUGGUUUAUUUUUAAUAAAUAAACCAUGAUUGUGGUGUCA